AUGGCAACGUCACUGAUCCCUCCACCGUCAUAUAUGCUGGGCAGUCGCCCUGCUCAAUCUCAUAAUGGAUCCAGUGCACCGUCCUUUCGUCAAGUCCCGUUUGUUCGUGCCAGUGAACGCGUCGAGAGCGGCGUGAAAGUGCGCAAGCAGUUGUGCAAGUAUCUCAAGGCUGCGUCGGCUACGCAGCACAUGGUUGCUCAGACGCACUUAAGUGAUGCUUGUCUACCAGCUCUACAGCCGCAGGAGGUGGCACAAUCCUGCUUCCAGGACUUUUUUACGCAAAUGCGAACUUACAAUCAGGUGCUGGGCAACAAACACCUGGCAGCUAGUAAGGCGUACCUAGAUAUGACUAGACCGCUCGAAAACUCGGGCAAAUCUAGACGAUGGGCGCGGGAUGUGUACAACUUUGUUCAGCGCUGUGUGACUGACGUGCAAGUGGCUGAAAAGAAAAUGGACAAGGCGAGGCUACGCGUCACUCGUGCUGCAGAUGAACUUGCAAACUGGAAGACAGUGCUAGCUGCCAACGAAGCUACGUACGAAGUGCAGCCGAACAAUCCGGAAGUGAAGCGGGCUUUUGAGUUAGCGCAGAGUCGCUUCACCAAUGCUUUUGGUGAGGAUGAAGCGGCUGGCGCAGAAUACGAUGACGCGCGGAAUAUGCUCGCGAGUGCAAUUGCAAAGCGGGAUGAAGUCGUGGAAGAAGCCACGGAAUUAUCACAGAGUGUAGAAGAAGAUAGACUUGAUACGCUACUGAUUGUCAUUGGGCAGUUUGUGGGGACUAGAGUUGCCAUUUUACAGGCAGAAAUCGAGGCCAUGUCAGACCUGCAACGCACGCUGAAGGCAAUGGAUCGUGACUCAGUCGUACAGCAAUACAUCCUAGACACUAUGGCACCGGAGCUUACGCAUCGUCAAUCUAAGGCUCUGAGUCUGAUGGAAUGGCAUCGUGUAUCAUGGCGUUACGAAGAGCAAUCGCGGCAAUCGACUGAACCGGAAAGCUAUUUGGCAGUCUCACGUUCCUCGGAAGAUAUUGCCAAGCUGAGAUCUUCGGGAGUCUCUGAAAAAGAUGUUGAGAUUAUGAAAGAUUUCGUAUCCAGCUGCUUUAUAGAGCCCGAAGCAGCUCUUCUUCCAUCUGCUGCAGUAGCUUCUUCAAGUACUACUUCGUCAUCAAAACAUCGCGGCAAGUUUACAGAUGCGUCAGCUUCCGCUACGCAGUCGAUGUAUCGGGUGGGAAUUGUGCGACGCGUCAUUUUAGACUGCCUCAGGCAUCAGCGAGUGCACGACCGUGAGCUUUCACGUGAAGGUUUUUCGCGACUUGCUUCAGCGUUACGUUUGCUUUUGGAUGCUUGCGUUGCUCAACAUGAUACGCGAACUACAAUGCACGUCAUGAAUAUGUUGCAGACCUUUUACCGAAAGACCAGCAAGGACGGACAGGAGUAUCUUCAUGCAGCGCUGAGAGCUCACGCGGCAUGGCGUGUACCUGCGUUUUGGGGAGACGCAUUGUUGGAAAGUGUAGCAGAGGAACUGAGCAAGGCGCUAAUGGACACGCCAUGGUAUUUUCUGGCUGACGCUGAGCGUGCGCAAAAAGUGUUGACGGUACACAAUGUCAUCUACGGUCAAGCUUCGGCCUACCUAUAUCAUCUUUCUAGUUUUGGCUAUUCUAGGCGGCAGCUCCUCCAAUACGCGACCAAUGUGUGCCUUGCAUACGAACUGGGCGAGGAGCAGCGCAUUAGUAUGCUUUCAUCAGUUCAGAGUAUGGUUUUGGAUCGAUCACAAGAGGAUGAUUACGAGGAGAAGCGAAAAGAGCCGAUGGGAUUUGAAUACGACAAUUGGCAACGCCCUUCCGAACGUGACAGUGAGCAAUCUGGCCGUGGCAGCAGCAGGGUUCCUGCUGCUCGAACAGCAGAUGUGCAGUUCAUGUUGUUCACGUUACCAGACUGGUCGUCCUUUUCGAGAGGUGGUGGAAUUAGCGGUGCUGAUACAGAUAGCAGUGUGUCGAAGAAGUUUGGUCGCAAACGUGGAGAAUCGAGUGCAUCAAAUGCCACGACUGUUAUUGAGGGAUCAACCACGGCAUCUUAUGUGGGAAGUGUGCGCGAUUUUGAGGAAAUGAAGAUGAUUGCGUCCACUGUUGUUGGUGAAGAAGGUGAUGAGUCCUGGGAGAAUUUGUUUGGCGUAACGACUACAGAUGAUGCUGCGGCAGGAGACGAGCCGAUGCCUUCGAUAUUGGGCAUUGAUGAGGAUGUGUCCGCGUCCAGCGAGAAGCACAAGGAUAAGCUGAUGAAGCGCCGCAAAAGCGCGCGUAAGUUUAACGACCAAUUACGACUGGCGCGCAGUUUGCCUCUUAGUCAGCGUAUCCACGAGGAAGAGGAAGAGAACGAGAGUGCUACAUCCACUGUAACAACAACAGUAUCGGCAAAAUUGAAGCAAAAACAGCCACCACUACCACCUGGCCUCCCUCGGUCGUCUGUCGGAAUCCUGCUACGACACCGUUCAUCUGAUAACGUAUUUAUGACUGCUCGAGAGGAAACCGGCGAACUGCCGCCUAUGCACAGAAAUCACUCAUAUGGUUUAAGGAACAAUUACGGUACUGUUACGGACGAGGAUGAAGCUGCGAAGUCUGAAAGGAGGAGACAUAGGAAACUACACAAGGCGCGGUCUGUCGCCAGCAUUGACACAUCCGUACUUAGAGCUGAGACCGAGCAGGCAUUCAAUAGUAGUCGCGCCUUCGUCAAUCCUGCAGACCAGAUCAAGACUAUGGCGGCUCGGAUGAAACAGAGACGGAAGGAAAACACAGGCGGCGCCGUUGAUUUUGUGGGUUUGACACGCGCUCAGAGCGAUGCAGCCAGGUCUUCGUCUCCGCCAGCUGCUGUAUCGCAAGUACCUCUUACUCCGGAGAGAAAUAGGGAGGUAAAAAAACUGUCAGGCGUAGCAGCUCUGCGUGCGCGCUUUGAGAACAAAUGA